CCGCAUAUGUAACCCCGUAGCUGUUGUUUUUCACGUUAAAUUUGUAUAAAAACGAUGGCUGCUAGCACGAAACUUCUGCUGGGCAGUGGCCUCUGCCACAAACUGUGCCAGCUGACACGUUCCCUGCACACGCAGCCCGCACGGCUGUCCAGCUUCCGAUCGUCCAAGGAGGUGCAGACCCUGGAACAGUAUCCCGAGGUGGAGCCCGUCGCGAAUGCGGCUGCCUGGAAGUUUGUGGAACGCCUGCUGCCGCCCCAGACAGUGCCCCGGCCGGUGGCCAAAACUGAUUACCCAUCCGGCUGGCAGCCACAGAAGUCGGACGGCUCGGACAGCGGCUAUUUUGUGGCACGCACCAAGAAUCACAUGGUGCCCGUGUAUCUGCACACCCGUUUCCGUGGCCAGCGUCGCAUCACGGUGGUGCGUCGCGUCCAAGGCGACAUCUGGGCCCUGGAAAAGGAUCUGCGUUCAGUGGUGGAGCAGGCGCGCAAUGGCAAACUGUGCGCCACGCGCGUCAACGAGCUCAGCGGCCAGAUACACAUCCACGGCGACUAUGUGGAUGUCUUGCGGGAUCAUCUCAAGGCCAAGGGCUUCUGAUUGCAUUACCUUUUGUUUGAAAUAAUAUUAGAAAUAUAAAACCAAUGCUUGUGGCUGAA